AGAAGACGCAAAAUGUCGCAAGAUCAACAGAAACCAGUGAUUCUUUUCGUGCACGGUGCCUGGCACCAGCCCAAGCAUUAUUCCCUUCUUAUCUCAUCCAUUGAGAAUCAAGGCUUCACUGUUGUUGCUCCCACUCUAGCCUCGACGGGUUACGAUGACUCAGUCGAUGGCAAAGCCUUGGAAGACGAUGUAAAGGCCAUUCACGAUGAAAUUAUGCCGUAUCUUGAUAACGGGCGGAAGGUUAUCGCAAUGGGACACAGCUAUGGUGCUGUACCACUCUCAGUCGCCGUCAAUGGCUACACUCAGGCUGAGCGAGAGCAGAAUGGAAAACGAGGCGGAUUUGUGUCAGUGAUAUUCAUUGCGCCGACACCUGUUUUACAGAAGGGUAUCUCCAUGUACGACUCCGUUGGUGGACAGUACACGUCAGCUUGGUUUCAUGAUGUAUCUGAUACAUGCCUACCUCUGAAAAACGAUAAGAUUGUGGAGGCUUUCUUCAAUGAUGUGGAUAAGAGUAUCUCUGAUGAGGUAAUUCCCACACUUUGCCAUCAGAGUAAAGGUCCCUUCGAGGUUCCUGUUCCUUGCACACCAGCGGACCUGAACAUCCCCAAGAUCUUGGUGCUGUGCAAGGAUGACCCAAUUUUCACCAAGGACAUCUUGACAUUUGUUGCUGAUAAAUGGGGAGCAACGGUUCUGGAAAUAGAGUCUGGACACAGCCCGCACUUGUCAGAGACACAUAAGCAGUGGAUUGUCAACCUUGUCGCCACCGAGGCGGAGAAGGUGUGA